UCCCAAAGCCAUGAGAGACGAUGGCUAAGAGGAGAGAGAAUGGCGGAACCGCGCUUUAACAACACCUAUUUUUGGCCACCUCCUCCCACCAUGCCCAGUCAGCUGGACAAUUUAGUCCUGAUCAACAAAAUCAAGGAGCAGCUUAUGGCGGAGAAGAUCCGCCCCCCUCAUUUGCCCCCUACCUCGGUGUCUUCCCAGCAGCCCCUGCUGGUGCCCCCCUCGCCAGCGGAGAGCAGCCCGUCCAUCAUGUCCAUUCCGAAGCUCCAGCAGGUCCCGGGGCUUCACCCCCAGGCGGUACCCCAGCCGGACGUUGCUCUUCACGCGCGCCCGGCCACCAGCACAGUCACAGGUCUGGGGCUAGGGUCCCGCACUCCUGCCGUCAGCACUUCUGAAUCCAGUACGGGGACGGGCACCAGCACCGCCUCCACGCCCACCUCCUCCAGUCAAAGCCACCUCAUCGCCUCCUCCCCCACCCUCAUCUCGGGGAUCACCAGCCCCCCACUGUUGGACUCCAUCAAGACAAUCCAGGGCCACAGCCUGCUGGGGCCCCCCAAGAGCGAGCGAGGCCGCAAGAAGAUCAAGGCCGAGAACCCGUCGGGACCCCCGGUCCUCGUGGUCCCCUAUCCCAUUUUGGCUUCAGGAGACAUCGGCAAAGAAGGGAAGACGUACAGGUGUAAAGUCUGCCCGCUUACCUUCUUCACCAAGUCGGAGAUGCAGAUCCACUCCAAGUCGCACACCGAGGCCAAGCCGCACAAGUGCCCGCAUUGCUCCAAGUCCUUUGCCAACGCCUCCUACCUGGCGCAGCACCUGCGCAUCCACCUGGGCGUCAAGCCCUACCACUGCUCCUACUGCGAGAAGUCCUUCCGCCAGCUCUCCCACCUCCAGCAGCACACCAGAAUUCAUACUGGAGACAGACCGUACAAGUGCCCGCAUGCCGGUUGUGAAAAGGCUUUUACACAGCUCUCUAAUCUCCAGUCACACCAACGGCAGCAUAACAAAGACAAACCCUACAAAUGUCCGAACUGCUACCGGGCAUAUUCAGAUUCAGCUUCGCUCCAGAUCCACCUCUCGGCGCAUGCAAUCAAGCACGCAAAAGCCUACUGCUGCAGCAUGUGUGGACGAGCGUAUACUUCGGAGACCUAUCUGAUGAAGCACAUGUCAAAACAUACGGUGGUGGAACACCUCGUCAGCCAGCACUCUCCUCAGAGGACGGAGUCCCCCGGCAUCCCCGUUCGGAUAUCCCUCAUCUGAAACGCAGAGAAGAAGGAGCCCUCCCCUUGCGUGACGGACCUUCGCAAAUGCCCGAAAUGAGAACGGGAGCAAGACGGAGAUCUCCGGAUUAUGCAAAACAGCCGUAGUGUUCUCCCUGUGCUGUUUCCUCAGAUUUCUUGACAGUGUACAGCACUGUGCUCAGGAGGACCA